CGGAUCUAAUAACGGAGUACUUCAGUGUUUUGAAAGAACUGAAAAUGAAACCAGGGUGACAUUUAAAACUUCAGCUGGGAAAAAAAUUAACUGCCUUCGAAUGGGUGGUGCUUUGGAUACGAUGCAAGAUAAAAUCUAUGUUGCAACAGAAAAUUACAUUAAAGGUUUUUCGAAAAAAGGAAAACAGUUCUUUUCUUUUGAAACUGCCAUAGCUGAACCCAUUCAGUCGAUGUUAAAUUAUUUGUGCGAAGAAAAAAUUAACGACGUUCUCUGCUUACCAAUAAUUGAAGGGUCCUGGUUUGGUAGGGGGAUCACCCCUGUGUUAGCAUGUGACGACAAGACGAUUAAACUUAAUUACGAAGUCUAUGUUGGAGAUCAGCCCAAUGUAUUACACCUGUUUAUGAACGACGGAGGUUACAUAAAGAGAGUUAAACGGAAUUUUAUAGCGAUUUCAACUAUACACUGUUAUGCGAUGACUGGCAAUGACAAUAACGACUUGAUAAUUGGCAAAGAAGAUGGAUGUAUCGAAAUUUACACAGUAGAUGAUAAUGAAAAUGCUAAGUUUAAAAAAAACUUUCAAUGCGGGGAAGGAAUACUGAGUCUUCAGUGUGGAAGAGUAUCAUCAAGUUUCGACGAAAUUGUUGUCUGCACUCACGCUGGAAGUAUAUUUGCCCUUACGACUGCUCCCGCUCUAAAGAAAGUAAGCGUUAUCGAGUCACCAAGAAUGCAGUUAAAAGUUCAACAGUUGAAAAAUGAACUAGAAGAUCUGAAAGAGCGAGUGGACGAUGAACGUAAAAAGUUUCUGCUGGAAGUUAAAGCUCGGGGAAGUGACAGCGUUUCUGUGGUCCCAACCUUUUCUGUCCAAGAUCAUUUUGUUCUAGACAAGCAAAAUGGUUGUUACGUUUUGUCUCUUGAACUGCUAAUACCAGUCGACUAUGUUCUUCUUCAGAGUGACGUUUACGUGGAAUUGGAUGACGUAGAUAAAGGUUCUGCCGUCGUUUCGCAGACAUCAGGAAAUGCAAUGCUUGCAACAUUUCGCUGCCAGAUGAACACGACACGAAUGGAAAUCAAGCUGAAAGCUGCAGAAGGUCGAUAUGGUACUAUAAAAGCUUACGUUUGUCCAAAGAUAGAACCAAAAGUUUGCCAGGUAUGUUCCUAUCAAGUAAAACCGCUAUCACUGCAUCACAGAGUUCACGAUUUUGAUGAAAAAAGGCCAUUCAACGAAAUGAAAAUUACUGGCAACUUUUCUGUAACAGAGGCACAUCAGUGGAUAAAUUUGUUAUUGAACGAAGUUCCACAACGAGUUCCAUUCAAUGAAACAGUAACUCUAAAUUACGCUGCUUUCUAUGAAGGGCUUACACAACUACAAGCGUCCUAUGGGCGAGGUUUCGCGACAUUCCGCAGCGACAGUAUAUCAACAAUUGCAAUCAUUCGAGACGUUCUAAGCAAGGAAAUAACGAAGCAACAGAUUAAAGUAAAUCUGCAAUGUAGUAGGUCUCUUCAGUUAAUUGACAUAGCUAUAGAUGAGCACACUGAUGCAAUUUUCCUAACCAAACUUAAAUGCAUAAACAAUUACGUAUAA